AUGCCACAUCUAGGGCGCAGUGGUUCGGGCAUACCGAGCAUUCACGAGGUGAAAGAAUUCCUGGCCAAGUACUACAACAUCGCCAUGAAGAAGCAGGAGGACCUCCGGAUGGUCGAACGAGACGUCGGCAUGCACAAGUACCUGCUGAUGACCAUGCAGCGUGGGCUGCGAGUGACCUUUGGCCGCCAGGAAAUGAACGACCCGAGGCGACAGCUGGAGCUGCUGCAGUCCCUGCUCAAGGUGGUGGAAAACCUCAAUAGGCGGGGAAAAGAACUGAGCAACUGCACCAUAUGCUUCUCCGCCGGAGUCUCGGCGCCGAUGGGGCAGAAUUCCUCAGGACAGAGCAAGAGCGUGAACGUGUACGAUGACGUGUUCGGGCGAAUAUUCCUCAAUUCGCUGGAUCCGCAAGACGUGUGGUACAAGGUGCUCAACGCGGUCGACAUGGACCUGGUCUACGACAGGCAGCGAUACCUCAAGCGGAUGAAGCGCAAGGAGGCGGAGCUGGCCGACAAGUUUGGGUUCAAGCUGCUCUGCGCCGACCACUCGACCGUGGACGUCGAGGAGUAUGUACAGUUUUUGGACAGGAUGAACGCCGAGGCGGAGGAGUGCAUCGACAGUCAGGAGCGGAUGGCUGGCAGGUUCCAGGUGGCGGGACAACGACGACUGUUGUGGGAUGAAAAUGAGCGCCUGCACAGCAACAUCUCCCUCAUCGUGAAGGGCGACAAGAAGCUGGGCGGCAAGAUAUCGGUGGAUGCGUCGGUGGGGCUGCUCUCGAUUCCGACCACCGCCCAAGCGCAUCAGCUGGUCGACUGGAUCAAGCGCGAGGGCGAAAAGGUCGCCCACCAGAACUCCUUCACCACCGGGCUUCGCGAACGAGAAACGCAACUACGAAUAUUGACGAAGCGGCGGCUGCGCUUGCUGGACCUAGUCCAGGACGACAGCAUAUCACGAGAGGACAUGACAGAGUUCUGCUUCACCCUCCGCAAGCACGCCAACGACCUGGCGCCACUCAUGCAGCGGCACGCUCUCGAUCAUCGGGUCGGAUCGCUUUGGCAUCGACGACUACGGCGAUCUUCGUCUGCCCUGGAACUUCGCCGCAUGACACACGCAACACGUUUGCAUGCUUGCUGUACUUCUCCGCGGCAGCUAAAAACGGAUACAGCCCUUCUUCUUCUUCUUUGUAUCCUUCUUUGUCGCUUCUCUUCGGUACCCACCAACGUUGGUGUCUUUUCUAGCCGAGGCUGA